AUGUCACGGAAUGGACUGAGCAAUUGGUCCCUCCCUAUCGGACUGUCUGCUGCUGGCGUCAUCAAGACUGCUGUAGGAUACGGAGGCUUUUCAGGUCGAGAUGCGCCUCCCAUGUUUGGAGACUUUGAGGCUCAACGUCAUUGGAUGGAGAUCACUCUCCACAGACCAAUGAAGGAAUGGUACACUUAUGCUCCAGACUGGUGGCUAUUAGAUUAUCCACCACUGACGGCUUACGCAAGUUGGCUCUGCGGUAAGAUUGGAUCCGCUCUCAAUCCCGUAAACUUCGCCCUCGAUACGUCAUACGGGCUGUCACCGCCCGACUUGAUCACAUUCAUGCGAUUUUCCGUCCUGUCUUUCGAAGCUUGUAUUUGGUGGUCCGCUGUAAUGGCAUGGAUGCUGUUACAGGGUAAGAAAGAAGGCAGAAGCUGGCGCAGUCAGAUGACUGGGAUCAUGACCAUUCUGUUGCAGCCAUCUCUAACUCUCAUCGACAAUGGUCACUUCCAAUACAACUCCGUCUUACUCGGCUUUUCACUGUGGACAUUAGUCUUUCUGACCCACGAUCAAGAUCUCCUUGCUUGUGUGGCAUUCUCCUGUGCUCUGUGCUUUAAGCAAAUGGGCUUAUACUACGCUCCGGCCAUCGGUUGCUACCUCAUUGGCAAGUGUAUUUGGCUAGGCGGAUCUGCCGGACUCCUGCUCCUUGUCAAGCUCGGCAUAGUCACGGUUGCCACUUUCGGUCUUCUCUUUGCUCCUUGGCUCAGACCCUUCCCAGAGGCGAUAUUGCAAGUCUUGCACCGGAUGUUUCCUUUCGCUCGAGGUAUCUUUGAAGACAAGGUUGCGAACUUCUGGUGCGCUUCCAACGUUGUGAUCAAAUGGCGUCGAUGGUUUGGCAUCAAUGGCAUGGCGAAGCUCGCGACUGUGGCCACUCUGGCUUCUCUCAUACCAUUGGUGUUGAUUCUGCUCUACACGUCUUUCAACACCGAACCGGAAAGCCGAAGCAGCAGCGUGGCAUCGAGGACCGUUCCAGUGCUCGAGACACCUAGGCAAUCUGGCCCGCCUCCCUCUAUCCGACUUCUGCCCAUGGCUCUUUUCUCUGGCUCUCUGGCCUUCUUUCUAUUCUCCUUCCAGGUUCACGAAAAGAGCAUACUGCUGCCUUUGAUGCCACUAACUGUGCUAAUGGCUUUCCGCGGCGGGAAGGAGGCUUCAGCAUCCGAAGAUGAGACAUGGGAGGUCGGGGUGCUUCUCAACAACGUAGCUGUAUUCAGUAUGUGGCCGCUUCUGAAGCGAGACGGCCAAGCGUUACAAUAUGUCUUUGUCACUUUACUCUGGAAUUACGUGAUUGGCUAUUCCCCUACCGGAACGCAGCCUACCUUCCUGAGACUGUCGACCUAUCUCAUCUACCUCUGUAUUGCCGUGCUGCAUCUGCCCGAUUUGUUUCCCACUGCGGUUCUGGCUCCAGGCAGAUUCCCGGACCUCUUCAUAGUCCUCAACGUCCUGUUGUCCUUCGGCGUUUUCGGGCUGGCCUGGCUGUGGAGUCUGAAAAGGAUGUUUGAGAUCGCUUGGGCUAUCGCGGGCUCAAGCAUAGACCCACGCGACCACCAUCGCUCCACCAGAAGAGCAAAAGUAGAUUAG